AUGAAGACAAGGAAAAACGUCCACCCGAGUAUCCGCAUAACCCAAUUUGACAGAACGUUUAUGAAGUGCAAGGAGGGGUACAACAGGAGGUACUCCCACCUGAAGGACAGCGAGCUGUUUGGCAGCUUCCGCUUUGUUGGGAGGCAAAAGAAGGGAAUCACCUCUCCGAGGUAUUAUCUGCCCAAGUACGUGGAGCGGCCCAAUUACCACCGCACGGGCACGCCUGUGUACGUGCCGUAUGGGAGCGGCGGCCAGAGGAGCGGCGGCCAAAUGAGUGGCAGCCAAGGGAGUGCCGACCAAAGGAGUGACUUCAAUGAGAGGGGAAAAUCCCCCCACCCGUAUGGCAACGUCAAACGCGAGGAAGAAAUCGAAACGAUUAGGAGCAACUGCCAGUUCGCGCGAGAACUGAUGGACGACGUGUCCUACAUCAUCUGCGAAGGAGUGACGACGAACGAUUUAGAUAUUUACAUCCUAAAUAAGUGCAUCAAUAAUGGCUACUACCCCUCUCCUCUGAACUACCACCUCUUCCCAAAAAGCUCCUGCAUCUCAAUUAAUGAAAUCCUUUGCCAUGGAAUCCCAGAUAACAACAUCCUCUACGAAAACGACAUCGUCAAAGUAGACAUCAGCGUCUUCAAAGAUGGCUUCCACGCGGAUAUGUGUGAAAGUUUCCUUGUUCCUAAAUUAACAAAAAAUGAAAAAAAAAAAAAAAAAAAAUUUUACGAUUUUAUAUAUUUGAAUGAUAAGCUCCGGACGAGACACACCAAAUUCAUUUUGAAGUACCACUUUGACCUCACGACUAACAAAGUUGUGAAGACGGGAAAGCACUGCUCCAUCAAACGGAUCAGGUACGACCCCCCCAACUCGAAGGACCGCCCCACUGAGCAGCACCGCUCCUACGACGAUAACAGCAAUGCGGUGAUGAGCAGCGGCGACUUGGGGGGGAACGCACCCUUCCCCGGGGGGGAUUACCACAACGCUGCUGAUGGGGGGGCGCUCCCGGGGGAGGACCUCGACGAGCUCGAGCAGUUCCACAGGCAGUACGAUGAGCAGGUCAUCUACGAUAAGCAGCAGAGCAGCAGAACGUAUGAGGACCUCCAGAGCUACCUCUACAGGCAGAGUAGGGGCCCCCCAAGCGAUCAUGGCAACCGAAGCGAUCAUAACCGGUUCGCCUUCUUCGACAAGAGGAAGCCGGGCGUGGACGAACUCAAACGCCUUAUGCGUGAAAAAAACUUGGACCUCAUAAGAACCGCCCACGAGUGCACCAUGGAGGCCAUCCGCGUCUGUAAGCCCGGUGUCCCCUUCAGUGCCAUAGGGGAAGCAAUAGAGAGCCACCUAGAAAGGAAGAAUAAGGGCCACCUACGCUACGCAGUGGUCCCCCAUCUGUGCGGACACAACAUAGGGAGGAACUUCCACGAGGAGCCAUUCAUCAUGCACACACGGAAUGACGACGACAGACUGCUGUGCGAAAACCUCGUGUUUACCAUUGAGCCAAUUAUUUCCGAGCGACCCUGCGACUUCAUUAUGUGGCCGGACAACUGGACGUUAAGCAACGCCAGGUAUUUCUUUUCCGCUCAGUUUGAGCAUACCAUCGUUGUGCGGAAGGACGGCGCGGAGGUGCUCACCGGGAAAACGGACCGCUCUCCCAAGUUCGUUUGGGAGUGCGAAAAGGGGUAG